AUACAUUUUAUGAUACUUCAGAGGAAGUAGGAGAAUUCGCUAUGUCAUCUCCAGACAGUGGAGUGCAUGAUCUAUCGCAGAUGGAUCCGGAAGCCAGAGCGAAGGCUUACGAAGAAAAGCACCGUGAAUUAGCUAAGAUUGAAGAGGAAAUCAACACUUUGCGACAAGUACUCUCAUCUAGAAUUCGACGUAUGCAAGACUUAAAGAGAGAACUCGGUAUCACGGUUUGGAAAGAGUUUAAGGAUGACAUGGAACAAGGAAUAAAAAACUUACAAGAAUCAACUGCAUACCAGAAGACAAGCCAAACUUUGAAAACUGCCUCUGAAAAAACAUCUGAAGCCUUUGGAACCAUUGGAGCUAGUGUUAGCAAAAAGUUGGAGGAAGUAAAGCAAUCUUCUACUUUCAAAGCCCUUGAAGAAAAAGUAGGCACUGCUUACACAAAUGUCAAGACUAAAGUUAGUGGGACCAAUAGUAGCGACCUGUCUGAAGAAAGUGGAAAUAAUGGACAGCCUCUCAUAGCAAAUACAACCCCGAGUGAAAUUUCUGCUGAAAAAUCCUAAAAAGGGGGAUCUUUAAAAAAAAAUCAAUCAUGCUAAGGGUAUUGUUUGCACUUUGGGUGGUACUUACAUAAGCACCAUUCUUUUUUUUUAAAAUUGUGUGAAUUUUAUUUAUUUACUGUUCAAGAAAUGUGCUUAUUAAUUCAUUUAUUUUUAUUUGCUAUUUUGUUACAUGAAUAGUAUCUUGUGUAUUGUAUGUAUCAUUUAUUAAAAAGGACCUUUUUAAUAGUUCUUUGCAAUGUUUAAUUAUAAAUACUCAGAGGGGGUAAAGAUGGGUAGUAAAGUUUCUAAAUCUAUUGCUCUUGUUUUUCUUGUGAAAUUUAAUUUCUUUUAACCGCUAAAUAUUUUUUAUGAAGAAAAUAUCAAAUAAAUUUAAUGAUGAAAUUUUAUAUUUUUAAAAUUUAAAUAUUCUUCACAUUCAAGAAGAUAAUUAAGGAUACGUUGUUUGAAAUGGAAAUUUUUCCCUUUUACAUUUAAAAUAUGGUUUUAUAUUUUUAUAAAUAUAGGUUUUUACUAGUUUUUUUUUUUUUGUCCCCUUCAGUGGUUUUUAUAUUUAAGGGCUUCUUAUACAUACUUUUGCCACCCACUCUGAAUAUUUAAUUAUCUGAUGUUGCAAUUUUAUUUCAUAUUUAUUAUCCUGAAGUAAAAUAGUGGUUAAAUUCUCCAAACUGUAUAAUAACUUCGAAAUGUUUUUUUUUUUUUUUUUCAAAAGUAAAGAAUU